CGGAUAUCGUCGCCACCACCGUCUAGGAACGCGCCGCCACCACCGACGCCGCCAGUAGUAGUCUGUGUGUGUGUGUUGUCAUCGCGCCGCCGAAACCACCGACAGAACGCGACUGUCUACACACCGAAAAGUAAGCACACUGCGUUACUGCACUGCAAAUAAACACGGUCGAACUUACGUCACGUCAUGAAGUUGUUAACUUCGUUCGUGUUGUCGAUCACGGUGGUGGUGGCCGUCACGCAUAUGGCGUUCGGCUCACCCACCCCCGGUAAAGCGGACGCGGCUAAGAUCCAAAAAAACAUGGCUAAGAAUAAAGCCAAGAAGACUCAGGAAGUACUCCAGUUCGGUAACCAGCAAAACAGACAGGCAGACACCAGAAACUAUGCUAGAGCUGAAAAGAGACAGGCACCUGAUCACCACGACCCAGAACCGGUACCUGAAGUGAACAACGCCCUUGAACACUAUCCCCAGGCGGCCAGACACGAAAAGAUCGCCGAUCUUUUUUACAACCCAGAUUCCUACGGACUUCAAUCACUAGACGCUGAUGACCGUUAUAAAAGGAACGCUUACCAUUUCGGCACCCCGGUUAAGAGGAGUGGUUCUAGAGUAUAUGGUUCUUAUUUGGACAGCGGACGUGCCAAACGUGACUUGCCUUUCGAUCCCGAAGAAUUGCUGGCGUUGAUGUCCCUCCUGGAAGCAAAUAAGGCUCGAGACAAACCCAGACGUCCCGCACAAAGUUAUGGUCAAAAUUAUGGCCAAAAUUAUGGACAAAAUUAUGGACAAAACUAUGGACAAAACUAUGGACAUGAAACAAUUCCGUUCGAAGAAAAUGAAAUACCAGAAGAAGACGACGAAGAUGAUAUUCAAGAAGUUUGGGAGGAGCGCCCUGUUGUACUUGCCCCGUCGCCAAAAGAUUUCUACAUAAAUAACGAGUUCCAGCGCAAGCAGAGAGCUCAACACGGAUCCAAAAAUAAUUAUUUUCAGGGUCUAAACCACUACCAAGAGGAACCGCAGUACUAUAGAUUGUCAGAUUUCUACCGCUAUUACAACUACUAAACAUAAUAAUAUAUAUAAUAUAUAUUAUAACAAUAAUAAUUAUAAUAUACGAGUACGGCGAUGCUGUUUCACUCAUCUAGUGGCAUUUAUAAACUUUACCAUCAUCUUUAAUUUAUAAUAAACUUAACGUUAAUAUAAUA